UCUGCGCACGGCGCCGUGUUUAUAGUGAACACGGCGGACCGCAGACUGAUCGAAGGAGUCUGUGUGUAAACCUGUACAUUAAUCUGUCUAACUGCACUACCUGUUCAGCUAUCUAUCGAUGGAGGACAUUAGAUAACCGAAGGACUUGACGUAAACCGGAGCAAUAAGGUCAAAUACUGAAUUUUGCGUUGAUAUGAAGGUGAAUUACAGCUACCAAAACAACGCGGUGAGUGUGUGCAUGAUGAGUGGCUGAGGAGGAGGAGAAGAAGGAGGCUGCGGUCUGAAACCAGAUUUUAUCCUGGAUAUUUCGAAACCAUCGUCGUGUCGCUCACACGCGGGGGGUUUGUGUAUCGAUUAAAUAUGCUAUUAAAAUCCUAGAAGGUCUAUUUCCAUCCCAAUUUUAAGGGGGUUUGACCAGUUUUCUGCCUCCCGAGAAUCCUCCAGCGACGGGACGUUGAACGUUUUUUCCUCCAGACAUGGAGUGUGAAGAUGCGGAUUACAGAGGAAUCCCCACCGCUAGUUUAGCCGCAUUGGUUUCAUUAUACACAUCAACGCGGCGUUGUUUGUGGCAGGAAUAAACUGAACUAUGAGUACAUCUUUUCUGGCGAGAGGAAUAAAUCGGUGAUUCUGGAGCACGAUUGGAUUCCCAUUGGGAAACGUGAGAAAACUAACGUUACCCUGCUAACCUGUAUGUAGUUGCUAUUAGCUCCAUUAGCCGGCUAACAGCUAAAAGGUGCUGGUUGGAUAUUUACCAAAUAAGAGGCUUUUUAAUAAUUCUGACAAGGUUUCGACCACGUUUCCUCCCCUCAACACACAUAUUCAUAGGAUUUUGGAGGAUUUACUCAUCCAGGAAUGAGGUCUCGAAUGGAAAGGAGCCGCUUGACCUUGUUUUGGGGUCUGAUGCUGGGUCUGUCGUCCUGCCUCCGGCCCGCCACCGCAGAGAUCUGUGGCCCCAGCAUCGACAUUGGCAACGACAUCAGCGAAUUCAGGCGUCUGGAGAACUGCACAGUGGUGGAGGGCUACUUGCAGAUCCUCCUCAUUGGUGACAAAAACAACAACAUCAACCAGGAAGUCUUCCGCUCCCUCAGCUUCCCCAAACUGACCAUGAUCACCGACUACUUGCUGCUAUUCCGUGUAUCCAGCCUGGACAGUCUGAGCACACUCUUUCCCAACCUCGCCGUCAUACGCGGACGCAACCUCUUCUACAACUACGCCCUUGUGAUCUUUGAGAUGACGAGCCUGAAGGACAUCGGCCUGUACAACCUGAGGAACAUCACCCGCGGCGCCAUCCGCAUUGAGAAGAAUCCCGAGCUCUGCUACUUGGACUCCAUCGACUGGUCCCUCAUCCUGGACGCAGAGUUCAACAAUUACAUCGCUGGGAACAAGCAGUCCAAGGAGUGCAGUGAUGUGUGUCCGGGCAUCAUGGAGAACAACCCUCAGUGCAGAAAGACUAUGUUCAACAACAACUACAACUACCGCUGCUGGAAUUCCAACUACUGCCAGAAAGAGUGCCCAGAGAAGUGUGUACGGCGAGCGUGCACACCGGAUGGCGAGUGCUGCCACCCUCAGUGUCUGGGCAGCUGCACAGUCCCUGGUAGUGACACAGCGUGUGCGGCGUGCGUGCAUUACUACCACCAAGGACGCUGCGUGGCUGACUGCCCUCCCAACACCUACAAGUUCGAGGGCUGGCGCUGCAUCAGUGCCGAGCUUUGCUCCAAAGUCCACCUCCCCGACUUCGACAGCUUCAUCAUCCAUGGUGGAGAGUGCAUGUCUGAAUGCCCACCAGGGUACAUGCGCACCGCACCCAACAGUAUGUUCUGUACAGCCUGCGAUGGCCUGUGCGAUAAAGUAUGCGAAGAGAAGGUCAUCGACUCCAUGGAUGCUGCUCAGUCUCUCAAAGGUUGCACUGUUAUCAAAGGCAACCUGCAUAUCAACAUCCGGAGAGGCUACAACAUGGUGGCAGAGCUGGAGAGUUUCACAGGUUUGAUCCAGAGGGUGACGGGUUAUGUGUGGAUCAGACAUUCCCACACUCUGAGCUCCCUGGCCUUCCUCCGCAGCCUCAGAUACAUCGAUGGAGAGGACCUUCUGGACGAUGUGUAUGCCUUCUCGGCAUUUGACAACCAGCAGCUCCAGUAUCUUUGGGACUGGAAGCAGCACAACCUCACCAUCAAGGCAGGGACGCUGUUCUUUAGAGCCAACCCGAAGCUCUGCACGUCCGAGAUCCGCAAGAUGUGGGAGAAGACGGGCAUCCAGGGCCACUUUGAGGAGAGCGAUUUCCGAAACAACGGCGACAGAGCCAUCUGUGAAAGUACUAUCCUGAAGUUUAAGUCCAACAGCACCAGCAGUACAAGGAUCAAACUCACCUGGCAACGCUAUCGCCCCCCUGACUACAGAGACCUCAUCAGCUUUAUCGUCUACUACAAGGAAGCGCCAUUUCAGAACAUCACAGAGUUCGAGGGGCAGGAUGGCUGUGGCUCCAACAGCUGGAACAUGGUGGACGUGGAGUUGAGGCCAGACAAGGACUCUGACCCCGGAGUCCUGCUGUCCGGCCUGAAGCCCUGGACGCAGUAUGCUGUGUUCGUCAAGGCCAUCACACUCAUGGUGGAGGACAAACAUAUGCCGAGUGCCAAGAGCAAGGUGGUCUACAUCCGCACCAGCCCUUCAGCACCCUCCAUGCCUCAGGAUGUGCGAGCGUACUCUAACUCGUCUACGCAGUUGGUGGUGCGUUGGUCGCCCCCUGUCUCACCAAACGGAAACCAAACCUACUACCUGGUCAGGUGGCAGCAACAAGCCGAAGACCAAGAGCUGUAUCAGCACAACUACUGCUCUAAAGAGCUGAAGAUCCCCAUAAGGAUCGCUGCCAUAGGUGUGGGAGACCAGGAAGAGGACACCAAGCCCACUAAGCCUGAUUCUGAGGGGGCAGACAAAGGCCCCUGUUGCCCCUGCCCCAAAUCCGUUGAGGACCUGGAGGCCGAAGCUGCUGAUGCCUCCUACCGGAAAGUCUUUGAAAACUUCUUGCACAACUCCAUUUUUACACCAAGGCCACCUGAUCGUCGCCGUAGAGAUCUCUUUGGCAUUGCCAACUCCACUCACUCCCGCCGCAACCGGCUGCACACUAACAACAGCACUGUUCCUCCACUCCAAGCCGCUGGUAACAGCAGUACUCCGGAUGUGGAGCCGGCGGACAGAGAGUUUGAGUUUGUGGAGCAAUCUGUGACGGAGCGUGAGCUGCAGAUCUUUGAACUGCAGCCGUUCACAGUUUACCGCAUCGACGUUCACGCCUGCAAUCGACAGGUCCAACGCUGCAGCGCUGCAGAGUUUGUCUUCUCCCGAACCAAGCCUGCAGAAAAGGCUGACGACAUACCCGGCCUAGUGACCUGGGAAGGCCAAGAGGACUGGGUGUUUCUGCGCUGGCCAGAGCCAACUCACCCCAACGGACUCAUCCUCAUGUAUGAGAUCAAGUUUAAACUGGCUACUGAGGCCGAGAAACACGAAUGUGUCUCUGGUCAGAUGUAUCAGGCCCAGCGUGGCGUCCGGCUGUCCAACCUCAGUCCAGGAAACUACUCGGUCAGAGUAAGAGCCACGUCACUGGCUGGCAACGGCUCCUGGACGCACUCUAUGGAUUUCUACGUGGCUGAACGAUAUGAAAACGUCCUCUACGCUAUGAUCUUUGUUCCUCUCUCCAUCAUCUUCCUCAUCUGCCUUUUAGUCACAAUGCUGGUGGUCUUCAGCAGGAAAAGGAACAGUGACCGGCUUGGAAAUGGAGUCCUCUACGCCUCAGUCAAUCCAGAGUACUUCAGUGCCGCAGAAAUGUAUGUACCAGACGAGUGGGAGGUGGCACGGGAGAAGAUCUCCCUGAGUCGUGAGCUGGGCCAGGGGUCCUUUGGCAUGGUGUAUGAGGGCUUGGCAAAGGGCGUGGUCAAAGAUGAACCGGAGACCCGCGUUGCCAUUAAGACUGUCAACGAGUCUGCCAGCAUGAGGGAGAGAAUAGAGUUUCUGAAUGAAGCCUCUGUCAUGAAGGAGUUCAACUGUCACCAUGUGGUCCGUCUCCUGGGAGUGGUUUCGCAGGGCCAGCCCACCCUGGUCAUCAUGGAGCUGAUGACGCGAGGAGACCUGAAGAGUUACUUGCGCUCCCUCCGACCUAAAGAGCAACAGUGGUCAAGCCUGUCUCUCCCCCCUCUGAAGAAGAUGCUUCAGAUGGCCGGGCAGAUCGCCGACGGCAUGGCUUACCUCAACGCCAACAAGUUUGUCCACAGAGAUCUGGCGGCCAGGAACUGCAUGGUGGCCGAGGACUUCACUGUUAAGAUAGGAGAUUUUGGCAUGACCAGAGACAUCUAUGAGACGGACUACUACCGCAAAGGUGGUAAGGGUUUGCUCCCUGUCCGCUGGAUGUCACCCGAGUCUCUGAAGGACGGAGUCUUCACCACCACCUCAGAUGUCUGGUCAUUCGGGGUUGUAUUGUGGGAGAUUGCCACACUGGCAGAACAGCCCUACCAAGGUCUGUCCAAUGAGCAGGUGCUCCGCUUUGUCAUGGAGGGAGGGCUGCUGGAGAAGCCACAGAACUGUCCUGACAUGCUGUUCGAGCUGAUGCGAAUGUGUUGGCAGUACAAUCCUAAGAUGCGUCCAGCCUUUGUGGAGAUCAUCAGCAGCAUCAAGGAUGAGCUGGACCCGUCUUUUAGAGAGAGUAGUUUCUUCUACAGCGCCGAUAACAAGCCGGCCGAAGCUCCGCAGCUCCAUCUGGACAAGGUGGACAACAUGGAUGAUGUUCCUCUAGACCCCCCUUCUUCCACACAGACACAGCAAACCCCAGUCCCACAGCAGACCCCGACCUCCACGAGCUCAGAGGCUCCGCCCGCCCCCUCGCUAGCCCCAAGCUCCCCCUCUUCUCCCUGUAUGUCUACCGCUGCCAUGGACAAGCAGCCCACCGGGCAGCAGGCAGCCAAUGGGCUGUCUGGGACAGCCCUUGCAGCAGGGCCAGGGCUCGGGACAGGCUCAGGCAACGCGGUACGGCCGUCUCUGGACGAACUCCCGCCGUACGCGCACAUGAAUGGAGGACGCAAAAACGAACGUGCCAUGCCUCUCCCGCAGUCCUCUGCCUGCUGAUUGGACAGACACCCACCGGACUGCAAACCCUGCCGCCUGCUGCUCUGCAGAACCUGAUGUCUGUGGGUGGCAUCGCUCUCUGUCUCUCUCUAUUUUUUUUUUUUUUAAAUCACAUACAGCAAAACCAUGUCCGCCAGCUGGGUGUGGCUGCUCAGAGACUCACAGGAAGGUGGAGUAAACUGUCACUAGGUCCAUGUUCUGCUGUACCGCCACACACCUUUUUCAUAUUAUUCUAGUUUUGCUUUCUACCAGCUGGCUGUCAGACGUGACACUGCCCUUGCUGCUGAGUGGGAAGACCAAAAAAAACUGUUAAAGGUAAAAAUCAUUCGGGGGAGUUCUCGCUCUCUCUCUUUAUGGCUGAAGAUUAUUUUAUAAAUUGUUGUUUGUUACUUUUUUGUAUGUAUUUCCAAACGGGAAGACAAAAUGUAUAGGCCUUUAUAAAUGACCGCCGUUGUGGUCGCUUUUGGGCGGGCAUUAUGGUGAAACUGUUAAGCAUAUCUAAUGAAAAAGCACUUAAAAGAGGUCAGGGUCUCCGUCGGUCUUUCAGUAGAGUUGUUGCUCAGCAGGCUGGGUGUCAUUGUAAUGCCAGGUCAACAGCCAAUCCGCUGAAACAAACACACCAGAGGGAGAAAGGUCAAAUCUUCGUUGCCAAAAUUGUACACUUCAGUCUUGCCCUGUAAUUCUCCAACACGUGGAAUUGGAAAUGGAAGCAAAAAAAGCACUUUGGUCUGCUACGUGUGAUCAAAGGGAUGUUACCGUCCCUCUACACUGCUCCUCUAUUGUGGUUGGAAAUCUGCAGAUACUGCACUCUUAUCGAAUUGAAAUUGUGGACCUUGGUUCAGUUUAUGAGUUUAUCUGAAAUUGAGCCACACCCUCUCACAAAGUGCUGUUCCGUUACGGUUUAAACGCCAAAUCCAGUCAAUAAAUAAGCAAAAAAAAAAAAAAAAAAACAUGAGGAGGGAAGAGCAUAAAGAGGAAAACAAAUAUGAACACUAUAUCUAUAACAUCUCUCAAUCGGGGUUUGCUCCGAGUUCAGAGCAAGUUCCUUGUAUACAAACAGGUAUUUUUUUAGACAAGUCACUUAGUCGCCAACAUUUACAACAUCUGUACGUGGGCCGAGCAUUUGUUUGUUUCACUUUUCUAACUUUUAUACGGUUGGAGACAUUCAUCAUGUACAGAAAGAAGCUGCUAUUCUUUAUUUCUCUUGUGGUUGUAAUAUAGUUAAUAUCUAUAUAUA